ACCGUAACCGAGCGCCGCUCCCGCUCCCGCCGCCGCCCCGCCCCGCCCGGCCUGCGCCCGCCGAGCGCCAGCCCCGCCGCUCGGCGCUGAGGCGGCAUCGCCGCCCCGCCAGGCUCCCCGGCCCCUCGCAACCUGCCGGGGAGCCUCGCUAACGAGAGAUAGAUUCAUUAUCCCUAUCAAAUAUAUCUAAAUCUGUGUAUCUGUUGAGCUGCAGCGGGGACUCGGAUGGCCGCGGACACGACCCCGGCAGCCAGGGCGCUGGGGCGGGCGGCGAGGCAGCGGCGGCGAUGCUGCAGGUGCCACCCUGCCGCUGCCGGUACCUGCGGGCUGCAGCUCCCGCGGGGAAAUAAAAGAUUUCCCGUUAAAAAAAAAAAUUAUACAACCGAGGACAUUAGUAUUUUUAUUAGGAAAAAAAGAAAAGAAAGGCUGUACGCGCAGAGGGCGCUGGGGUAAGUCCGUGGCUGAGCGGCGAUGCGGGGCCCGGCCCGUCCCGCCCUGGCCGCGCAGGUGAGCGGCACCGCGGGCUCCCUCCGGGCCGCGGGCAGCGCUCCCGCCGCAGCCCGGGCCGCGGGCAGCCCCGCGCAGGCUGCAGACCCUGCCGGCCGGGGACUUGCUUUUGUUUGUUAUUAUUCUCUUUAUUUUCUCUGCGAAGAAGCGGGCGUUUUCAUGCGGCAAUAUAAGGCUGGAUCGUUAAUAAUCGAAAGUUAAAAUGCGAACGCUUCACUAGAAAGCAUUUCACGCAGCUGGUGCAAAAUUGCAAGGUUUUUCUCUCUUAUUUAUCUACGGGAAAGGGAAAACUGUUUUAUGAUUUUUUUUCCCUGCGUGUGACAGUACUGUCAUCAAAAUACAGAUGCUUUUCCUACAUCAAUGAUUUUUUCACUACAGCCUGAAGGCUUCUUGGUUUUAAAGGUCUAGUUAUUUUUGCUAAUAUAUAAAAUUUUUAACUCCUGACUAUUUCAUAAAUCAACUCCAGAUGCAUUGUACAGUUUUAAAUACUUAUUUUCAGAGGUACAUUCUGGCUAAGUAGAUUGCUGUCUCACCAUUUCAAUGCUUCAGAGCGAUGGUGCUGGGAUUUGUCAGCUCUGAAGACAAGGUUAGCUCACAGAAGCAGGAUGUGUUGUGUAAAAUGUUGAUUUAUAAAAGUGUUACAAUCUAUUUAUCUUGCAGGUCGAAUUGCAUGCGUUAUAGGACCAGAAAUACAUAGAGGAUUAAUCUGCCAGUGCUUAUUUUAAAGCAUCACGUUGUCUCUAAAGGUGAGGGUGCCAGAGACCGGAGCAGCAGCCAAAAGGUGCAGCUUCCAACCCACCCCAGCCUGGAGAAGCUGUGGCAAAGCUAUCCCACCCCGGUAACAAAACCCCCAAGACCUAACCUCAGUGCAGCCUGGCUGGGAGUGGUAAGCUCUCUGCCCUGCCCGUGGUGAAAAACACCUCCUGCGAGCCAAAGAGAUGCCUGCCCAUUUCUGAAAAUCUUUUCUGACUUUGACGGGCUCUGGACCAGCAGGUGACCAGUCCUCGGGCCUAUGAGCCUCCGAGGGUGUUGCUUUCCUGUAAGUGGUUGCUUUCUGAGAAGCCUGAGCAGCCUCUGUGCCCAAGGGGGCUCAGGGAGACUGGGGGGAGGUUGUGCUCCUGCAGGCUCCGUUUUGCCACCCUCCCGCCAGCCUGCAGGUAGGCUUUCCUAUUCAUAUGUAGGCUUGUGGUGCCCAUAUGAAGGUCACAUCCAGCUCCAAGUUUGUGGUUAAUCAAGCCUACUUGGUGAAGUUGAACAAUUUAAUCAGUGCCUGAUGAAGGCUUGGAUAUAUCUGUGGUAUAUCAAAUUAUCUUAAAAUCUAAAGCAGGUGACGGGGGAGGAACUAACAACACAGCAGGGCAGAUAGUUCCUGCCCUGAUCCCGGCAGAAAUGCUGUGUAGGUGCAUCACAUACAGCCACAGGAGCGCAGCAGCGGGUACGGUGUGUGGCCAUUUCAAGGGCAAGGUGAGGCUCCUAUUCCCAGAACGCCCUGGUACUGUUUUGCUAACCAGAUUACAGCUUGGGCAGGCAUCACUGAGCAACCCUCACUGAGCAACACCGACGCUUUCCGUCUGCUUGGUGAGAAGGCUGGGACUCUUCCUUCAAGGACACUAUCGGAUAACUGUCCCGUCGCUGGUGUGCAGAGUUUUUGUGAUACAGUGGCAGGACGACGGGAGCUGAAGGCCACUCAAAUGUGGCACUGAAUGGCACUGUGUCAGUUUGUCCUGUUUCUUGCAGGAAACUUGCUCCACCCAUGCUUCACGCCCUGCCCAGCCUGCUGCUUCCUCUACAGGUGUAGAAGGAGGGUGGGUUUUUUUGGUUAAGAUGUUACUGUCUUGGGACCUGGUUAUUUUAGCAAGUUUCAUUCCAAUUCCAAGUUAAUACAACGAUUCUGAUGAGUUAGAAGUACAGAAAGUGGUAUCCCCGUUCUGCCUGAUGUCUUCUUGGUCAAGCCCAGGCUGUAUUUAUUGCUUCUCAAAUGGUAGUGGGGUUUGCCGGGUUUUAAGGUCUUCCCUGUGGUGACAGUGCUGACUGUCCACGCUGGAACUGGCGAGUAGAAUUGAAGUUACUUGCUUUGUAACAUUAAUGAUGCUUCUUUGUGCGGCAGGAGGACUCGUAUGUCACCGCCCGGAGGAGCGGAGCGGAGCGAUUGGCCGGGUGAAUUAUCUGCCUUGUUGCAGUGAAUUAUUUGCGCUGUUUCCUUUCCCAGUCAACAAGUUUCUGAGCUUGACUUUGAAUUUCCUUUAAGUGCCAGAGCGAGGAUACGGUGCUGGGUAAUGCAUUGCCAUGCACUAUAUUUAGAAAGCAGCUGGAACAGAAAAUGUCCUCAGGACUCCGGACUGUUUUGCUGUAAAUGUCCCUCCAGUCCCGGCUCUGUAAGCGUAGACGCUCGUUCUGCAGACGUGUGGAACGCUACCUGGGAGCGCUGGGCAAGGCCGGGCCCGGGGAGCGCACGGCACUCCUCAGCACCCUUACAAGUGGCCAGGGCUGCCCGUCCGCCCUCGGCGCCUGGGUUUCCCCCCCACGGAGGGACCUCUCCGCCCGGGGGAACCGGCAGGCUGCCCCCCUUUUUCCGUGCAGGGUGCCUAGCCGCGGGUUCCCUGCCCGUUUCGGUGGGACAGCCCUCCCCGCCCGGAGCCGGGCAUUCCCGGCCCGUGGAGCCGGUGCGCAGCGAGGGGCCGGGGGCACCGACAGUCCACUCCCCUCCCGGGAGCGGCAACAGCACCCUCAGACCCCCUGCCCGCUCCCCGCAAGGAGUGAGGCUGGAUGCUAAACGAGGUCUUGUCCGCUGGGGCUUGGCCCUUCGGGGAUGGGGACAGGGCUCCCGGGAGGAGCCGAAGGGAUGUCCCCGCCUGGCUGUCACCCAGGGUGGGAGCCCCAGCGGCUCCGGAACAGCCCCGGGAUCGCUCUGCUCCGCGCCUCGGGGACCCCGGCCCCGAGCCCCGAGGGCUGCGCUCGUCAUGCCGAGCUCCUCGGGGCUCCGCGGCCGGGCAGCUCUGCCCGCUCCGCGGACGGCAGCGGGGGCAAUGGCCGCGACAAUGGCCGCCACGCAAGGAGACACCUCCGAGCCCGUUCCUGCCGGCCCUGCUCCUCGGUGGGCACAGGGAGGGCGGUCCCAGCUGAGAGCAGGGCCAGCGGCAGCCUCCAAGGGCGGGGCUUCCACCCAUCCACCCACCCACCCACCCUCGCCCGCACCGCACCGCAGCGCACCGCGUUCCCGCGGCCCAGGGGGAUGAAUCGGUGUCGGCGAGCGGGAAAGUGAAGAAGUUAACGUCUCUUACUGCCGGAAGAGACCAAAUAAAUCAUCUGCCUGACCUUCCGCAUUACAGGGCCGUAUUAUUCCAUCCAGUCCUAAGGCAUUAGGCCACACAAUUUGUGUUUGAGUAAAAUGUGCCUACAACAGUCUUGUGGUCCUGAGGGUUUCAAGAGACCUUUGCUCUUGUCCCAAGAGUUUGUUGUGGCAAUUAACCCUUGGUUAAGGGAUGAGCCUCGUUUCCUUGACGUUUGCCCGUGUUUAAAUCACUCCCAAGUGCCAGGCUUUUAUUUUGGAACCUACUAGUCCCGUUGUUGCAACUGUGGCCACCUCGGCUUUCCCCUUCCUUUCACACAGGUGUCGUGCCUGGUGUUAGCACAGACGAGAGCCUGGCCCCUCCUCGGGCCGCCUGGGGUCUCCUGAAGCAUCCAACCCCUAAGUCAGCUUGCCUGGUGACUGCCACAAGGAAGAGUCCCAGCGCUUCCAGCUGGGUAGGCCAAUGGGACAUAGCAUUUAAAGGCACUGCGCCUAAUCCGCUCUUACUGUGAAAUCACGGGCCAGCACGCCUUGCUGACCAAGCCAACGCGCAACGGGAGAGGGACGAGGGACUUUCUUGAGAAGCUCUGUUCUCUCCGCCGAGCAGGCAAAGCCUGGUGGUGCCUGCCUGUGUGCGGGUGGUUGGGGUGCUCUGGGCUUGGAGUAUUCGUGGAAGAGGAGACUGUUUUAUCUGUUGAUGACCUAGGGCUGAAAAGAUUUUAUUUCUCUAGUAAAUGCUGCUGCCCUCUGUCCUGGGCAAUGCUGUUGGCGGCACACCGCAGCACGAUGAAGCCAACCGCACCUCAGAGGAGCAGGUCCCGAGCUGCUGGCCCCGGCCCGAGGUAAGGGAGCGGAACAGAAGCGGAGGAGCCGGUGCAGGUCCUCGCCACACCCCAGCAGUCCCUCUCGCCCCUUUCCUGCUCUGGGCCAUCCCGUUCGUUCUGGAUUCCGCCGGCGUGGCCCAGGCCCACGCGGGGCAGGGACGUACCGGGGGCUGCGGGUGUCGGUUCCAGUCCGGCACUCAUCGUCACUAUCCCCGUUCUGACACGAGACGUGGGGACCACGCUCCCUGCCGUUACCGUGACCCCGGGAGGGCCGGCCCCGGUGACGCUGGUCCCCUCCGAGCGACGCGCCACCACAUCUGAGCGCCAGGCAACCGGUUUUGUCACUUGCUUUGAGACGCAUCCUGCCUGGUCUCUCUUGUUUCAUUACCCGAAAUCCCAGAGAAACCACCCGGCAGGAUCAAUCAGUCACAGGCAGCCAGACAGUUUUCUUGUACUUUAUUAAAGUGUAAUCAAACAUCGGUUAAGUGGAAAAUAAAUAUCCAGAUCUAAUAAGCUGCUCAGUCAGAUCGUGUAAAUGCAAAUUACAAGCUGGUUCCCAUCUCCCCGCCGGGGGACUGAACAAGCCACAGCAAUUGCUUCAUCCACCGCGAUUGUAAAUCAACUAAAAUAAUGGCUGGAUAAUGACCAGUUUGCGGUUUCAAGCAGAUUGAAUGAUAACAAACUGCGUGUGUCGCACCAGCUUUUCAUUUAGCAUCUCAUCAUGGAGCGAGCAGCUCGCCUAACAGCUUGGCUGCCUCAUUAGGUUGUUGUCUGCGGCUUGUAAAUUCAGGCUGCAGCCAGCAGAUUACCUGACAAAGUUCCUGAUAGGGAAAAACUAGACAAUUCAAUCCAGUCCUUCAAUCCCUCCCUGCGAAGGGGGAGCCACAUUGAUCUAUCGCUGAGGGCUGCGGUGAAUUGAUAACAAUAUGAUGCUUUCCUAAUGGGGCAAUGGGAAAACAUACAUCCCCCGUAUUACACGUAGAGACAGAGACAGCUGGGGAGAGCCGUGCAGACACCGACA